GGCAUUAUGAGGAAUGAUAUGGCCACCUCCUUGCUCUUUUCCACCACACUGAACACGUGGCAUUCCCCUGCCUCCACAGGGGUGGUGCAGGCAUUGUCCAACUGCAGCUAUCUGGCCCUUCAGGAGUAUCUUGGCCUGGACAAGAACAACAUCAAAAUGACCUCGCUGCGGCCUGUAGAUCAUUGGCAAACCUCUACUCUCGUUUUUGCGGAUCUCCAUGUUUCCUCUAUCGUGGAAGUGGUACGUGUCUGUCAUUUACGUGCAGGAUAUACUGAAAAAGCCCAAAUCUUCUCUCUCCAGGUUUUUAUGGAAAUGAGCUGGGUCAAUGAGUUUACAAAAUGGAACCCUAAAGACUUCUGUGGAAUAACUUUUAUGCCUGUUUCCAAACAAAUACUUUGGAUUCCAGAUAUCAACAUAAUUGAAAACCUCAAAAUAGAGUUUUCAACUCUGGAGUCUCCAUUUCUGAAGAUGCAGUCUAGUGGCAUAGUAACAGUUGGACAGUUCUACACAAUAACAGCUGCAUGUAAAAUGGAUCUGUACCAGUGUCCCUUUGACACCCAGAGCUGCACUUUAACGCUCCAGUCUACUUUAGACUCUGAAGAGCUACAGAUUGAGCCAUACUCCAAUGACUCAAUGCUGCAUUUGGGCUCAAAGCAGCUCCUCCAAAUCCAAGGAGAAUGGGACCUCCUUAACAUUAAUAUGUCCAAGACUCAUCUCCAGGCCUCUGGAAAGGAUUGGGACCAGCUCACAUAUACGGUUACCAUAAAGAGGAGACCCUUACUGUAUGUAAUUAUCUUCCUACUGCCUGUUUUAUACUUCCUGGUGCUGGAUGUGGCCUCUUACUACAUUCCUAAUAGUAGAAGAGAGAAGUUGAGCUUUAAGGUUUCACUACUCUUGGCAAACACAGUUUUUCCGCUAAUCCUACAUGACACACUGCCCUCCACUGCGAACAAGAUUCCACUGAUAGGAGUCUACUCUAGUGUCAUUUUCACCUUCAUGGCCAUAAGCCUACUGCAGACCAUACUUGUGAUUUUUCUGAGGAGCCGUGAUACUCGGGCUAUCCCAAACCUCCCUGGAGAAACUAUGGCUGUUCCUGCACAUCCUGCUCUAUAUCUCUCUGCAGAACGAAAUGAAAGCACCUCACACUCAGCUGCAGACCACAGUGAGGAGUCAAACAGCAUCCAUAUACUAAAGCACAUUUGUGAUGAGCUUCGGACAAUACGUCUAUAUCUCUCGUCUAUGGAAAUACAUCAGGAACCACACCCACAACCCUGGACGAAACUGGCAGAACGGAUAGAAAAGGCCUUCUUCUAUAUCUACGUAAACAGUGUGCUUCUAUUUCUGCAGCAGAUUUCACAGGGUUGGUUUUCAAGGAACUAAUACUAUGUUAAUGUCAACAUCAUGAAUUAUUUUAACUAAAAAUAGACUACAUUACUUCUACGAGUUAUACCAUUUACCAAUUACCAUAGACUCCAAAAAGCUAUAGGGGAGUUUACCUUAAAAAUGCAACAUGGCAGGAUCUAUGUCUUUAUUCCUCUACUCAGACUUAUGCUAUUUUUAAGAAGUGGCCAGGUUCUUUAUUGCCAGGUUAAAAAACUCAUAUUGUAGUAAACUACAUUGACCUGUUAAAGCAUUAAUCACUCUUUUGGCUACAGCAGUGAUGGCUCACGAGCCCCAUUCAGUCUAGUUUGCUUCUCUCAUGCUUCCACAUGACUCAAGAAAGCUUGAGGCCAGAUUUGAAAGAGAAUAGUGAUUCAUUCUGUAGUUCUAUUAGUUACUGUAGUUUUAAUUGUUUACUUGUGCUGUUUUUCUAAAUAAAGUAGUUCACCAUCACACAUCCCUGAUAAAAACAGGAUGUCAGUCUUGGAAAGUUUUGAGCCCCUAUAUAUUUUCCCUGCUUAAUAAACAGAAGCAAAUUGUGGUUUAGUGUCCAUGGGAUUUACUUGUGUUCUGGUGAACAAGGUAUUUUUUACAUCAGUCUCAUUUUAAAUUCUUAAUGUUAAUCUGUAAGUAACAAUGUGACCAGAAUUACUUUCCAAUGUACUGUCUUGUGAUAUCAUUUCUCUCCAAUGCAGAUAUCCAUAAUCAGUUGUACAACAAAAAUAUUGGUUUAAAAAAAGAAAAAAAAAACUGUUGAACUGUAUAGUUUUCAGCAUUGUUCCUGGGCAGUACAGGGAAAAAAAAGCCUAAAAUGAGCUACCUAUUCUCUUAACAGGGAAUGCUAAAGAUGAUAAUUUCUUACAGACCUCUUCUGUGGGUCUUUUAAGACAAUAAGUGUAAUCUUACUGACCAGUUAAAGGCCACUACAUUUAUUUUGUUGUAACCAUUAAGGAAAAUGCAUCACAAGUGUGGUUCUGUCCUUACUGUUGUUAACAUGACAUCUUUGGCUUCUUCAAAAUGGUACACAAGCUGUAGGUGAAAAUACUGAAUACUCACUAUAUCAUCUAAUUAUGCAACUAUUAAUACAGUAGCACUGUAGAAGUCAAUGUUCCCAUUUGCUAUACUGCCAUGAUCACAGGUGUUUGAGCAAGUCAUGUGAAAUGUCCUGAGAGUUUGCAGUGUGCUAUAGGACAUUAGAUUUAUAGAUAGUGAUAUAUAAUUUUCAUUCAUUUCAGCUGCACACCAUGUUAAAAAAAAAAAA